CCAUGAAAAGGUGCAAUAAAAAGGGGCAGCCACCAUCCAUUUUAGGCAACCAUGUUAAAAUGAAGAGACUCAUUGAUCAGUCAGUGUUAUUUCAGUCUUAAAUCUGUUAGAAGUUGAAGUUAGCAACGAACAUCUUGUAGCUACACUUCAGAAUAAAACUAAAACUGAAGUAAAAGCCUGUUAAAUGGUGACCUUAAUCUCAGGAGACAGAUGAUUUCUGUCUCUCUGUGUUUAGCCAACACAGCGAGUGAGUUUCCUGUAAACAGAUCUUUUUUCAAACGUUAUAUUACUUUAAUGAUAGUCUGAAAUCUCCUGGAAAUAAAAAACACCACUAUUAUCACUCUAUAACUCAUAAUGGUGUACACAAGCACUAAUUUAAAACUGAAUCUGAAUCAUGAAUUUGAUGUGUCCUUGCCGAAUAAAAGUAUUAAUUUCUUUAAAAAAAAAAAAAAAAACUAAAAAAAAAAAAAAAAAAAAUUUAUGACCCCAAACUUUUAAAUGGUAGCAUAGUUAUAAGAGGCUACAACUGAUAAAACCCUGAACCCAAUAUCAACCAAAAAGUACCCACCACUGUUUAACAGCGUCAAACAGUAGUAAACCAAUCCCAAAGAUUCUUGAAAAAACUCUUCUACCCCCAUGCCAUUCACAACCUGUUUCCACAAUCAGUUUUCACAAAGGCAAUGUUUACACACCUUUAAGGCCCACGUCUGUUUAAAAGAACAACAGCCUAUAACUUCAACACUCAACUAGAGACGUUAAAAUGGACAGCAGUCUCAACAUGGAAGCACAGAUUCAGUCUGUAACUCCACCAUUGAAAGACAAUGAAGGCAUAGAAGAGAGCAGCUAUAAUGAAGAAGCUGCAAUUUCUUCAGCUCUGGAAAGUGAAGAUGGAGAUUCCUCACAACCGCCAACAAUUAGCGCCAAGUUAUUGAGAAUGCUGGAGGCAGCGACCAACUGGCGGCCUGCGCUUGUACCAAUGCAGACCAGCGAUGAAGUGUUCGAAGCUGUCAGUGAAGCCCCAAGAACAAAAAGACAAAUCCAGUAUCCUGAGCAGACGCAAGAAUUCAACAGUCGAUUAACAAAGACGGGUCGACGCUCACUGUCCCACUCUAUUUCUCAUUCCUCUACAGACAGCAACAGCUCAGGGGGUUCAGAUGCAGAAAAUCUAGAGGAUGAUGUCUUUCCUCGAGACAGGGAACAGAUUAACUCCAAAGGAAACAGGGACUUCUGCGUCAAAAACAUCAAGCUGGCAGACUAUGGCCGCCGAGAGAUAGAGCUUGCUGAGGAUGAGAUGACUGCACUGAUGGCCUUAAGAAAAGCGGCUCAAGGAGAAAAACCAUUGGUGGGGGCUAAAAUAGUGGGAUGUACUCACGUCACAGCCCAGACAGCUGUGCUGUUCGAGACUCUGAUGGUGUUAGGGGCUCAGUGCAGAUGGGCAUCCUGCAAUAUUUACUCUACUCAGGAUGAAGUGGCUGCUGCUUUAGCAGAGCAAGAUUUUCCAGUGUUUGCGUGGAAGGGAGAAUCUGAGGAUGACUUCUGGUGGUGUAUUGAUCGCUGUGUAAAUGUGGAGGGCUGGGAGCCAAACAUGAUCCUCGAUGAUGGAGGAGAUAUGACACAUUGGAUAUACAAGAAAUAUCCUCACCUCUUCAAGAAAGUCAAGGGUAUUGUUGAAGAAAGUAUCACCGGCAUUCACAGGCUUCAUCACCUCUCUAAAGCUGGAAAACUAUGUGUACCAGCCAUAAAUGUGAAUGACUCCAUCACUAAACAGAAGUUUGACAACCUGUACUGCUGCAGGGAGUCCAUUCUGGAUAGUCUUAAAAAGACCGCCGAUGUCAUGUUUGGGGGAAAGCAGGUGGCUGUAUGUGGAUACGGAGAGGUGGGAAAAGGUUGUUCUGCAGCUCUGAAAGCGAUGGGAUCUGUUGUGUAUGUAACCGAAAUUGACCCCAUCUGUGCUCUACAAGCAUGCAUGGAUGGCUUUCGAUUGGCCAAACUAGGUGAUAUUGUAGGACAAGUGGACAUGGUCAUCACCUGCACAGGUAACAAAAACGUUGUUGUGAGGGAACACAUGGACCUAAUGAAGAAUGGCUGCAUUGUCUGCAACAUGGGACGGUCCAAUACAGAAAUUGAUGUUACCAGCCUGAGAACCCCAGAGUUAGCAUGGCAGCAUGUGAGAGCGCAAGUGGAUCACAUUAUUUGGCCUGAUGGAAAGAGAGUAGUUCUUCUAGCUGAGGGCCGUGUCCUUAAUUUAAGCUCCUCCACUGUACCCAUAUACGUGCUUUCCAUCACAGCCACCACGCAGGCUUUGGCAUUGAUCGAGCUCUUCAAUGCCCCUGAGGGCCGUUACAAGCAAGAUGUCUACCUUCUUCCCAAGAAACUGGAUGAGUAUGUUGCAAACCUGCACCUUCAGACCUUUGACGCACACCUGACUGAACUCACCGAUGAUCAAGCCAAAUACAUGGGUUUGAACAAACACGGCCCCUUUAAACCAAGUUACUACAGGUAUUAAGAACAUAGAGAUGUCUCAAUGUAACUCAUCAUCAGAUUUAAAAGAAAACAGAUGGAUCUAAAGCUAUGGAAACUUAAUAAAUUUGACUCAGCAUGGAUUUCUUCACAAACACACAUUAUAUUACAGACAUGUGAGAGUGUACAAAUGUAAAGUGAACAUUUUCCUCUUGCUAUUGUACUGUUGUAAAACAUCAUCAUCAUCAUCAUCAUUUUGACAAAAUAAAUAAAUACAUAAAGGUUAAAGAAAAUGCAACAAGUAGACAUAAUAUGCUACUAGAAUGCUAAUUACUACCUUGCAUGGUUCUCUGAUGAAACAUUGUAUCCUCCCAUAGUUUGUUUACUUUCAAAAGAUAAAACCUGACAUAGCAAAAA